AAUUUUUUUUUUUCAGGAUGAGCUUCAUCUCACUUUAAAAAAUUGAAAAUUCCUAUUUAACUAUUUAGAUCUAUAACCAUAUAAACCACAUAUAAAACAUGCCUAGAUCAAGACGUUCCAAGUUGGUGACCUUAGCCCAAACCGAUAAGAAGGGAAAGGAAAACAAGACCAGAAUCUUUGAUGAAGUGAGAUCAGCUUUAGAUGAAUAUACAUACGUUUGGGUAUUACAAUUAGAUGAUGUUAGAACUCCAGUAUUACAAGAUUUAAGAUCUGAUUGGGUUGGAUCUAAAUUGAUCUUAGGUAAGAGAAGAGUAUUGGAAAAGGCUUUAGGGGAUACUCCUGCUGAAGAAUAUAAGGAUAAUUUACAUAAAUUAUCUAGAGCUUGUACUGGAUUACCAGGAUUAUUAUUCACUAAUGAAACCAAAGAAGUUGUUGAAGCUUAUUUCAAUGCUUAUUCCAAACAAGAUUAUUCCAGAGCCAAUUCCAAGUCUCCUAUUGAUUUUACUAUCCCUGCUGGUACUGUUUAUUCCAGAGGUGGACAAGUUGCUGAAGAAGAAGAUAUUCCAAUGUCUCAUACUUUAGAAGAAACCUUAAGAAAUAAAUAUAAGAUUCCAACUAAGAUAAAGUCAGGUAAGAUUACUUUGAAUGAAGCUUUUGAUGUUUGUAAAAAAGGUGAUACUUUGAAUGUUACUCAAGCUUUGAUUUUAAAACAAUUUGGAGUAGCUGCAUCUGAAUUUAAAAUAAAACUUGUGGCAUAUUAUAAUGGUGAUGAUUCAACCGUUACAAAAUUUGAUUAAAGAAAUGAAAGAAUAGAAUAAUAACAUCCUCCUUUCCCUUGUAUAGUAGUAGAUUCAAAUAAAAAAAAUACAGCAAUAUACGUUAAUUUUAACAAACAAAUGA